GUAAAUAUUUAUGGGAUUCAUCAUUACAGCAUGAUCAUAGCCAGAAAGCAGAUAAUUUUAAUAUAUCACGAAUGGAACUUGAAAAUGAAUUGGAUUAUUUUCAAAUACCUUUUCCAAAUCAAAGAUUGCAUGAAGUUAGUUUAAAGCAUGGGGAAACUAUUGAUGAUAUUAUAAAUGUUUUAGUAGAACAAAUUUACAAGUCAUUGGAAAGAUUUGAAACACAUAUUUAUUUUGAGUUUUCAGAUGAUAAUAAGAUUUGUACUUCCGAUCUUGAAAUUGGAGUUAAUAAUUGUUAUAAUGCUAUACAAAUAAUUCAUAGCAAAAUUAAAGAGAAAUUAGAAAUCAAAUUUCCGGGUAUAGAAUGCAAAUAUGGAUAUUAUUAUAAUAUUCCGAAUUUAGCCAUAUCAUGGAAUUCUGAUUUUUUAAUUAAUAUUAUUAACUGA